AGCAAAUUUGAAUCACUCAUUAGUACAAAUCACGAAACGAAACCCAGUAUAUAUUAGCAAAGCACACUUAUUUCAUUCGUUCGAAUUAUAUUCAUAUAUUCUAUAAAUGUCAAAGUUGACAUUUGGAGGAAAAUCGUUUUGUUUAUAGACAAUAAUAAAAUACGAAAAUAUUACAGAGCUCAGUUCAUGAGUCAUGUUUACAUUUUAGAAAUUCUGUUCGAAAAUGCAGUUAUAUCAAACUAAGCUUUCGGUAUAACAUCUUCGGUAUUUUCAAUUAUAUUUUUGGAGUCGUCUAGAUGAAAGUCUGAGCUACAUGGCUGGCAAUUCCGAAGAAGUUUUAGGCGUUAAUCUCCCGAGAAAAUCCCCAGAAGUGAGUAGUGACAGAUGUGAGUCUCCAGUGAGUAACAACUUUGGAGAAGAGAUGGUGAUCCGUGAGGUGACGGAGACAUCAUCGGAGCCUGACACACUCACGUCAUAUAAUAGCACAAUACCUAGCUCUCUAAGGGAACCUACUGAGAGCGAAGAUUUUUCACUGCUUAGCCUUCAAGUAAAUGGAAAUACUCAAUGCUUUGACCCCGCCACAGAACGCAAGUUUGCCAAUCUUCCCAAUCUCUCAGAUGGACAGUGUGCAAUACUCUUUGACCGCCUUAAUCUUCAAGACAGUUAUAUCCAUAAGGCAGAUAGAUGCAAGGAUGUGACAUCAGUGGUUCAGGCGGUACAGCGGAAGGGCAAUCUUAGGGGAGAUGUGCAAAUAUUUGACGGGGUAAUUCACAGACCAGACAUAGCAAGGGCAGUGAGAGAAUUAAAUGGCCCUAAGCUCAAUAGGGAAACCCCCCUAGGAAAACUGAAGCAUUCUGUGAGACACAGGCUAAUACUUGCCCUUAGUGUAGAAAGAGAUGACUUGAAGGAUUGGAGGUCUCUGGCAGAAUAUUUGAACUUUGAUGAUUAUAUAAAACUUUGGUCACAGAAAUAUAAACUCCCUGCUGAGCCGCUAUUUACGGCAUGGUCAAUACGUCAUGACGCAACAGUCGGAACUCUGUUUGACUUCCUGAUCAUGAACGAUAUGGGAAUGAUAGCUGAUAUUUUAUAGUGUUCGUUGAGCUAAUUUGGUGGCGUACUACAGGUCUGGACUUUCGUUUAGUAUGUUAAAUGAUGACCUUAGAAGCAAAGUUAGCAAGCAGAGUGGAUAAGUUGACAAGAAUUGCUGAAUCAGAGAACUUGGAAAAAUGACAUGAACAUACAAAAAGACGGCCCAAGCAUAGAUUAUAAAAUAUAUGUGAGGAAUUUUGAAACCUGCUUUAAUGUUUAGAGUAUGUAUGAAGUGAAGUUAAUUCCCUUCUCUGUCCAUAGAUAGAUUGCCUGAUCUACUUGCCAAUGAACUGUCAUUUUAUUAUUUAAAACCUAAAAAAAGUCCUUAAAUAAGGACUGGUAUGAAAAGUUCAUUUUCUAUUUCAGUAAUAUGUGAACUUGCAAUCUUUCACUUAUAUUUGUUAAAGUGAUUUUAGAUGAUAAAACAGUGCCUCUUUAAGCUUGAAUUCUGGCAAUGAAGAUAUAAUUAUAUUAUCUUCGUGCUAUGAACAAUUUUAAGAUGUUGUACCAUAGAAAAUGUAUAAUAUUUUUAUAAAACCCAAUUGGGUAAUUAUUGUACUCUGGAUACUACGAUGCCAAAGAUAACAUUUUUCAUUAUUCACAGAUGCUAUGCUGGAUUCUGUAUAGGCUCAUAUGGGAUCUACUCUGAAUUCCUCUGUUGCAUCUUUAAACAACCCUUAUCAGGGAUCUCCCCAGGAUUUUUUCUCAGGUGGACGUGCAAAAUUCUCAUUUUCACAAUUCAGAUCAAAAUUGGUCAAAAUAUGCAACUUUUUCAUGAUUUUUCUCAUUUUCAAGUGGGCGGAAAUGGAUUUUCAGGUGGGUGCAAGCCUAUUUUCAAAAUCUCAGGUGGGUGCUGCGCCCACUUGCUUUAAUGCUGGGGAGAUCACUGCUUAUACAGAUUGCAUCAAAACAG